AAUUUAUAUCUGCAAUUACUAUUGUACCCUCACUAUUGAGAAUUACAACAAAACCCUCCCACGACGCAAACAGCAACACCUCUUUUCUGUCACCGCUUUCGUCCACCGCACGCCAGUCGCCGGAACGGCCACUGUUUACUACUGCCACGCCCAUGCCCAGAGACAGCUGUAGUGGUUCUAGCUGCUGAGGAUCCCCACGCGAGCCUUAGGUCUUCUCCUCUCUAAACUCUUUCCCGCUCUCUACCGGAAGAAGCUCCGGCCGUGCUCUCGUCUCCGGUUGUUGCGCUUUCUCCUGCUUGUGUCUCAAACUCUCAUUCACUGGAUUAUGGAGUCAAAUGCAACACCACAUGAGGAUGAAGAUGAGUAUGUUUUGCUUGAUUUGGAUGGUGUGUGUGGCCUAAUUGAUAUUCCACCAAAUGCUAACUAUGUUCUUACUGGCCUUGAUACUUUAAACCCAGUAUUGAUCAUUGAUGACAGAUUUAAGCUGGUUGGGGAAUAUGAGGAGACAAUUGGAACAUGCAUCGCCUUUUCAGAACAAGAUACACCAGUGGUUCAUGAAGAGACAGGACCAUCUGAAACCAACCUAUUUCCUGGAACAAGACUAAUCGAUUCAAGUCAACCUUCGACAAAACAAGUCAAACCUGUAUGUCAGCUUCAUAAGAUUCUCAAGUUUAAAUUAUCACCUGAUUCUGAAAUUCGCACAACUGAGGAGGCCAAUUGAAUUUGAAAGCUGAUAUAACAUACAGUUUCUUUCUACUUAUUUUGUCGAUUAAUUAUUUGGUGGUGGGUGUCAUUUAUGUUCUAGAUAUGUAUAAAAGAACUCUUUCAGUUUUUCUCAAUAGGAGGAGGUAUUUUGAUAUAAUCUGUGUAUUAUUUGAAUUCACAUUUUGCCUGUUUUAGAUGAAUUGUUGUGAUGACAUGACAUAAUAACAAUGAUAAUGAAAAUGUAAUUACGUAGUUAGAUAUUCA